UCACGUCUCGAGUCCUGUCAGAAAUUCAGGUACACACUAUCAUGGUCGCAUUCGCUGAUGCUUGCGAAUGUGUUCCCCUGCGUCGGGAUGCGAAGCAACUUUGAGUGACAUGGGAAAAACACUGCGGCUCCCCAUGGGAGUUGAGGCUUCGUCCCAUGUUCUUCGCCAAAUGAUUCAGAAGCUCUACUACUAGUUGUUACAAUGGCAGUGGAACCGUCUCUAGCACAAACCAGUGCGAGAUGCGAUGGAACGAUAUAAGGCCGCAGGCCUUUCUGCAGGGACCACCACGUGGUACUACGUUGAGAAGGGGGGAUGACAAGAACACCAGGAAGCGAUUUGGGAGGAAUAGUGCAACGGCAAAGGGGACGAGGGGUAAUCGCUGGUCGCGGUGCAACCAACCGCCGACCGAUCAACGAACCAGGGGCAUGGGAAGGAUUGCGGACGCACUCGCAUGUACGAAGUAGGCUGAGAGCUUCAUGGUGGGAAAACAAGGGUCGUGACGAACUCCUCGUUGGGUAUCAUAUUGACCCGAGCGAGUCCUCCUCGUCUUACGACCAUUUCGCCAUGUCGCCUCUGCCCUGGCUGCAAACCAGACUAGGAGAACGCGAGCCUGUGUGAUAAGAAGUAACGAUGACCGGAGAGUCGCAAAGGCGUAGCCCAUCGGGCCUAGUGAUGCAAGGC